AGUGACGUAUCAUAUUUUGAAACAACAUUGAUGGUAAUAAUUGUUGAAAUCUCUGUGCAACAUUAUUAAUAUUUCCAAAUGGAUGUGUACGAAAGCGUGUUGUUAGUCAAACCGGAGGUGUUUGUCUUCAACAUACCCCCGAGAACGUCCAACAGAAAUUACAGGGCCGCCGAUUGGAAUCUGGCGGAGCCAUCAUGGACGGGUAGAAUGCGUUUGAUAUCGAAGGGCAACGAAUGCUACAUCAAAUUGGAAGACAAGAAUUCUGGCGAGCUGUUCGCCAAAUGCCCCAUCGACACCUAUCCAGGAAUUUCCAUCGAAGCCGUAAGCGAUUCAUCCAGAUAUUUCGUUCUACGCAUCAUGGACGAUAACGGUAGAACGGCCUUCAUCGGGAUAGGUUUCGGAGACAGAUCGGAUUCGUUCGACUUGAACGUGGCGCUCCAGGACCAUUUCAAGUGGCUGAAGAAAGAGAAACAGAUCAGCGAGGAGCCGAGCGGUCCGGGCUUAGAUCUCGGCUUCAAAGACGGCGAGACCAUCAAAAUCAACAUGAAAAUCACCAAAAAGGACGGGUCGGAGGGCAGCUCCAAAAGCCGAACGCAGGGCGCCGCCGGCGGCGGUUCGGGGCUCCUGCCGCCGCCCCCCGGGGGCAAACUGCCGGCGCCGCCGGGCAGCUCGCCGGCCGUGUCGCCUUCGCACGCGCCCAAAGCGACCGGAGGCGGCGGAGGAGAGUCCUGGAGCGAAUUCAAAUCGGCUGAUACCAGUUCCGAUCAAAACGCGCAGACGAACAGCAACUGGGUGCAGUUCUAGACCGCCCCCGCCGACGAUUCCUACUUUGUAAAACACUUAUAUAUUUUUCAGCAUAUUCAGCAUUUUAGGUGGAGAGUUUUUAAUUACAUAGCCCUAGCUGUAGUUGAUAAUCGAUAAGAACGGAAAUUGCGACCCACGGAACAUAAUACAGUUGAUUUUUAAUAGAUGUUGAUACAGUUACGGAUGUCAAGGAGACUCGUGAAUUAAUUUGAAAUUGCUCAUUCCAAAAAUCGUUUGAAUGUUUAGAUUUCGAAAGUCCGUGUAAUGUAGAUGAACAUUUUCAGGUUUCAUAUUGUAGAUAUAUUUGAUAAAAAUGAGACGGGGCUGUUUAAACUCUAAAUUCAUUGCAUAAUGUACAGAAAAACGUGUACUAAAUGGAUACAAAAUAAGUACACUUUUUUUUAUUUAUUAUCUAUAUCUAUAUUUAAGUGUUAUUGUCACACACAGCCCUAUUAAUUUGCGUUAAUUUAUAUAUUUUGCUGGUAAUCUGUAUUAGCUGGAUUAGUAAUUAUUCAAUAGAAUAAGACCAACAUACUUUUCACGUUAGUUGUAGUUCGGAAAUUGAAAACUAAUAACAAUCGGGUAAUUUUUUGAGCUUGCAGUAUGGAAUACAACGUAGUAACAAAUGUAGUCACAUAUCAAAAAUAUUUUUAUAUUUUUCGGAAAAAUAUCUGUCUUCCUCACUUUGUUAUUCAUGAUUUGUGAAUUUGUAUUUUUGAUUGUUUAUGAUCCGGCAAUUAUUUGCAUAGUUCCAUGGAUUCUCCGAAAGUAGUAAAACAAAUUACUACCAGUCACAAGCGUAUGAUUCGUAUAAUCAUUUUCAUUCUUCUGUAUAAUUAGAAUUCAAAUUGUUUAUUGCAGGCUUAAUAAAAAACUGUUUUUUUUAUUUAUUUUAAAAUACAGGCAUUUUGUUGAGUCUACAAAAAAAUGAAUAAUCUGAUAUGUUUCCUUUUGUCUUAGAAUGUUAAGUUAAUUAAAAUUUUUAUGCACUGUUGAUACUUAUAAUAUAUUUAUAUGUUGUAUAGGUUGAAAGUAUAUACUUAUAAAUGUUGCUAAAAAUGUACAUGCGAAUUAAUUGAACGGUAGAACGUAGAAAGGAAGCGAGGAAUGUGUUCAUUUUGUAAUACUGUAGAUAAGGUGCAUCUAUUCGGUGUGUUUUUAUCAAAGAUUAGUUUGUAGUUUAACAUUCCAACUUAAGUUAUUUCCAUACCAUGUCGAAUGUUUUGCGAAAUAUAAUUUAUUUUCAUUCUCUUUUUGCUAGCGUUUCGUUGUUUAGUUUGUCACGCUGUAUUGAAUUGAAUUAAAGCGAAAUAUAAUUUAUUUUGUUUCUCAG